GUCACAAUUUAUGAAAAACACUACGUCACAUACCAAUCCGUAAUGAAGUUUUAAAGAAUUAAAAAACCAGCAAGAUGGUAAUAAAUUUCUUUAAAAAAAUGUAAAAUUAAAAAUGCUUUCGUCAUAGCUCACAAAUUUUUGUUUUGGAAAAAAAAGGAACUGCUCCGAAAUGGCAAGUUGUUGCGCGUGCACAUCAGGUGGACCUAGUAGGGGAACAGCCCAGUCUAGUUUACCAUUAAUAUGCCUUGUGCCUCGCGACGACUCGGGGCGACAGACUACAAGCAAACAACCAUCAGCACCCUCCACCUCGGCUCAGUCAGACUUUCAGCUCCUUGAUGAAGACUACAUAAAAAAACAUUUCAAAUUACCACAGCGAGCGCUGUAUUUGGAUCCAUUCAGGCGGCCUCUGAUCACCUUUCCUAUGACCCAAGAGGAUGUGAAGCACUUCAACAUGGCGAGGAAGACCAAGAUCAACCAACAAAUUCUAGACGGCUUCCUGGACCCCAGCGAAGCUAUAUCGGCACCCAGUAUUUUCCCGUACCCGAAGACAGACAACUCGGAAAGGAAGAAAGAUGGUGAUGAUGAUGAAGAAAUCAUUUAUAUACUACAAUUGCCAGACUGGGAGUUCAAAUGUCCUGUGCACAACGAGACAAUUAGAACGCCCAGAUUCAUCUGGCAUUCAUGCAAGAAGAAGGAAAAAGGUUCAAAAAGCGGUGAAUUGAAGCGCGGUGGAGGUCCCACUAACAAACCGAAACCCUGGCUACUGAGCAGACAUACCGACUUUGAUCUACUAUCACAGUGGUAGUAGAAAAUAAACGUUUACUGUAAAA